CUCAGUGUUGGAACGGUCGCUCGGCUGUCUCGUCCCGGCGAAAAUGGCGGGCGAUCAGGAACAAUUCCAGCAGCUUUUAACUGGAUUAUUGAGCGUCGACAACAAGAUCAGACAGCAGGCCGAGAACACAUAUGAUCAGAUCCCCAAUGAAACAAAGUUCCAGUUGCUGUUAACCAAUGUUGUAAACAAAGCAGCAGGUGAAGAUGCACGCACUAUGGCUGCAGUCCUCCUCCGGAGGCUUCUCACAUCAAAUUUCGAUGAUGUGUUCCCAACGUUACCAGCCGAGACCCAAGCCCAAGUUCGGGCACAGCUGUUGGCAUCUGUACAACAGGAAGAAGACAGUAAUAUGCGCAAGAAGUUGUGUGACAUCAUCGGUGAACUGGCACACAACAUGAUCGAUGAUGAAGGAAAUAACAUGUGGCCAGAGUUCUUGCAAUUUUUGUUUGAGAGUGCCAGCUCUGCAUCUAUAGCUCACAAAGAAAUUGCCUUGACACUCUUCAGUCUUGUACCUGGAGUGUUUGGUAACCAGCAGCAGCAACACUUGGGUAUGAUCAAAGCUAUGCUAACAACUUCUCUAGCGGAUGCUGCAAACCCCACAGUUCAGGCAUUGGCUGUCAAGGCCACUGCAGCAUUUAUUCUUCUUCACGAUAACGAGCCAAACAUCCAGAAGAGCUUUGCUGAUAUUCUACCAUCUUUUCUCCAGAUCAUCGCCACAAGCAUCCAGGUUGGUGAUGAUGAUGCCUUGCUCAAGUGCCUGGUUGACUUGGCAGAGAGUUGCCCUAAGUUCCUGCGGCCGCAGGUUGAGACCAUCCUCCAGCUGGCCAUUAAAGCUCUACCAGAUCCCAAUGUAGGUGACAGUUGGAAGCAUCUGCUGUUGGAAGUUGUUGUAACUUUGGCAGAGACAGCCCCAGCAAUGGUGCGCAAGGCUGGUGCCAAGUAUAUGAACAUGCUCAUCCCACAGAUGUUAACCAUGAUGACAGAUCUCGAAGAUGAGGAGGACUGGAGUGUGAGUGACGAGCAGGCUGAGGAAGAUAAUGACAGCAACUCUGUAGUGGCCGAGUCUUCUCUUGACCGUCUUGCAUGUGGUCUUGGUGGCAAGACUGUUUUGCCACACAUCAAUUCCACUCUUUCACAAAUGCUCCAGAGUGACAGCUGGAAGUGCCGCCAUGCUGCUCUGAUGGCCAUCUCAGCUGUGGGGGAGGGCUGCCAUAAGCAGAUGGAGGGCAUGUUGCCUCAGAUCAUGGAUGCUGUCAUCAGGUUCCUGCAGGAUCCCCAUCCCAGAGUUAGAUAUGCAGCAUGUAAUGCCAUUGGCCAGAUGGCAACAGACUUUGCUCCAAUCUUCCAGAAGAAAUUCCAUGACACAGUUGUUCCUGGUCUCCUCCUGGUGAUGGAUGACAGUGCUAACCCAAGAGUCCAGGCUCAUGCUGGAGCCGCCCUGGUCAACUUCUCCGAGGUCUGCCCAAAGAACAUCCUGACCACCUACUUGCCUACCAUUAUUGCCAAGUUAGAGAGCAUUCUUGCUGCCAAGUUUAAGGAAUUGAUGGAGCGCGGCACAAAGCUGGUCCUGGAGCAAGUGGUGACCACUAUUGCGUCGGUGGCAGACACAGCAGAGGAGAACUUUGUAGAGUAUUAUGACCGGUUUAUUCCCUGCCUCAUGUACAUCAUUGAAAAUGCCAACUCUCAAGAACUUAGAUUACUCAGAGGCAAGACAAUAGAGUGCGUCUCUCUCAUUGGUCUCGCCGUUGGAGCCGACAAGUUCCUAACUGAUGCUGGGAAGAUGAUGGACCUUUUGCUGAAGGCCCAGACCAACCAGGAGGAAAUGGCAGAUGAUGAUCCACAGGUUUCCUACCUUAUCUCUGCUUGGGCCCGUAUCUGUAAAAUCAUGGGCAAGCGCUUUGAGCCCUACCUGCCUUUGGUAAUGGGUCCAGUACUUAAGACUGCAUCUCUGAAGCCUGAGGUUGCUCUGUUGGACAAUGAGGACAUGAGUGCUGUUGAUGGUGAUGAUGACUGGCAGUUCGUAUCAAUUGGAGAGCAACAGAACUUUGGUAUCCGCACGGCAGGGCUCGAGGAGAAGGCUACAGCUUGUCAGAUGCUCGUAUGUUAUGCCAGAGAACUGAAGGAUGGAUUUGCGGAUUACACUGAACAGGUUGUGAAAUUGAUGGUGCCUAUGCUGAAGUUCUAUUUCCACGAUGGAGUCCGAACAGCUGCUGCUGAGUCUUUGCCGUUCCUCCUAGAAUGUGCCAAGAUCAAGGGUCCGCAGUACUUAUCCGAAAUGUGGCAGUAUAUGUGCCCUGAGCUGCUCAAGGCUAUUGAGACAGAGCCCGAGUGUGAGGUUUUGUCAGAACACAUGUAUGCAAUGGCCAAGUGUAUCGAGGUCCUCGGAAUGGGCUGCCUCACUAAUGAUCAGAUUACAGAACUGAUUAGAAUACUAGAGAAGUCCCUGACUGACCACUUUGAAAGAUCUGUCAAGAGGCAAGAGCAGAGGAAGGAUGAGGAUUAUGAUGAGGUUGUUGAAGAACAGUUGUUAGAUGAGGAUGAUGAAGAUGUCUAUGUUUUGAGUAAAGUAGCUGAUAUCACCCACGCACUCUUCGCUGCUUAUGGCCAGCACUUCUUCCCGUUCUUUGACAUUCUUUUACCCCAUCUCGUAAAAUUGUUGGGUCCCACCAGACCUUGGCCAGAUCACCAGUGGGGUCUAUGCAUUUUUGAUGAUGUUAUAGAAUAUGGUGGCCCAGCAUGUGACAAAUACACAGAUCAUUUUCUACAGUUUACCAAGCCUAUCACAAAGGACACGACACAUUACUCCAUGACCACAGUGACGCCCAUGUUGUAUGGUGUCGCCGUACAAAACCCGUCCUUGCCAGCCGGGCGUGGGUCCCAUCUCACAGAGGAGUGUGUUGAAUCCGCAGUGCCACGGUGCAGUCGCGGGGCCGUCCCUGCGUCUACGGCAAGAGAGCGUCUCCAGGUGUUUGCUAAACCUCCUGCCAUUGUGUUGCAGCGCGGCCUUUGUUGCUGCGCAGCGGAGGAUUCAUACAGCACACAGCAUAUACAUGGCAGAAGACACUGGAAUGGACCACAGAUGUCCACGUAUCGCAGGAGUACAUAUGAUACCUAUUCAGGUCAGGCGUCGAGAAAAAAAUGCGACAGGUUUUCAUACGAGAGCUUUACCAACCACAUUGAUAACGCGCGAGGUGUUGACAACGACCUAACACGGUUGGUAUGGCUGAACAACGAAACAGUUUUCCGGUUUGCAUACGACAAUGGCGGCUUGUUUGCCCAGUUCCAGGGUUUAUAUCUGGCCGUGUUUCCUCGCCGGGCGUGCGACGGGCGCCUCCGAGCUGCAACAGCACGUGUGGUGGGCGUGCGGGCGUAG